GUUCCUGCUUUUUUUCGACAUCAGCGAGAAGGACCGAGGACCCUUCUUCGUCGGCGACAUCUGCAUGCUUUAUCAUGAACACCAAUUCACGGAGCACUCCUUGAUUUGGGCACCACGACACCUGGAAUAUGCCAGGUGGGGCCACACUGUGCUGUCCACGGACGUCCUCCUCCUGCAUCUGGACGGCUUGCGCAAGCGGACCCUGGCGCAACUCUUCUCGGAGGUUCCACAAGACACCACAUCCAACACCACCACCACCCUUUAUCCCGUGGGCAUCUUUCGAGAUUUCUUGGCCGGAUGGCUGAACCAUCUUUAUGACUCGCAGAGCUCAAUGGUGAACCUCCUUCCGCCGACAUGGUGGUUUGUUCCCUAUGAGCAGUGGCUCUUCGAUAUGAGCUUGGCGGAUCUCUUGUCCUCGCACUUUCGUUCGAGCUGGCUACCGGUGAUGCAUCUCCGAGAGUAUCCCGGCUUCCAAGGCAGCAAACCCGAGCUGCGCAUCGCGUGCCCCUCCGCGGCGAGUGCUGUGCCCAUUGCUAUCAGGCACUCCUGGCCGGACAUUCUCCAACGCUACGCCUACGCUGUCUCCUGGAAGACCCGCCUUGGGCCCAACUUCUGCAACAGAGCGGUCCAGAUCAUGUCGCUGCAGUGGGAGCGCGCUGAUCGCCCGCCUGUGAUUCCCUUUCAAAUCCGCGAGCUCCCUUGGGUCGCG